UAUUAUUUAGGAAGCUGUUCUAGAAAACACUCUUGAGGAACGGGCGUUCUGGCCUGACCGUUGUUUUCUCCUUUGCUCCUUUUAAAAGUAAAUAAUGGAGUCGGACGAACAAGUGAACGAAAAUCUAAAAAUGCAGUUUAAGACGCUUCAGGAGCAGCAGCAGAAAAGGAUGCAAAAUUUGAUGGAGAAAAAGAAAGAAAAGCAGCAGAGUCUCACCCAAUGCGAUAAGGAUGGCCCAAACGAGAUCUUUGGAGUCCGAGAUGAUCUCGCUUUAUCCACGCUGGUGGCAGAGGAAGACUUCAGCAAAAGAUUGCUCGAGGAUGAAAAUGAACAGUUGCAGCAGCAGCUUCGAGAGACCUUAGAUGAAAACGGCCGGCUGUACAAACUGUUGAAGGAGCGAGACUUCGAAAUCAAACAGCUGCAGAAGAAAAUAGAGGAAGAAAGGCUGGCCUUGAUGGGAACAGGCGGCUUGACGGGAGACAUUGCUGCCAGUAAAAUUGUCCAGUUGGCCAAACAGAACCGUCACCUGACUGCCGAGGCCGAGAAAGAGAAAACCAAAGUGAAGCAGCUGAACAACCGGAUCAAAGAGCUGGAGAAAGAAUUGCAUCUGUCAGUGGCCAGGCUUCAGUCGCACGGAGACAAAGACAGCCAACCUUUGCGUAAGACGGAGGAAGGACCCUUGAGCCCAGAGAUGAAAGCCAUGCAAGAAAAGUUAUCAGCAGCCAACAUGAAAAUGUCUGAAUAUCGCAACCAGCUCCAGACCACAAAACAAGAGCUUAAAGUGGCGCAGAAGCUUUUGGUAAGCGAAGUUGGAGAAGAGGUCAGCGUUCAAAAUCUCAUGGCCAACCCCGGCAGCUGGCGCGGGCGAGCUCAGCAGAUUCUUAUCUUGCAAGGCAAAGUCCGGGAGCUGGAGAGCCAGCUGGGCCACAGCAAAAGCGGGACAUCCUUGAGCCGCGGAGAUGAAGACACUUUCAGCCUCAUGGACCCAGGGAAGACAUCGGCCCAGAGGAACCUGCAACGGAUUCGGAGCCUGGAGAAAGAAAAGAAAGAAGCGCUGGAGAAGCUGACCAGUGAACACAGCGCCCUCCAAAAGGAUCACGAGGAGGUGAGGAAGAAGUUGGACGCUUCCAAAGCGAGGAACCAAGUGUUGUCCGGCGAAGUGAAGACCCUGAAGCAGCAGAUCUCAACCCUGCUGGACAAAGGAAAGCACGACAACGAACUCAUCGAUGCGCUGAUGAGCCAGCAGAAGGAAAUGCAAACCAUCCUGAAGAAUCUGAGCCAGCAGGAAGAGCGGAACAAGGAACGGCACCAAAACCUGGAUGUCCAGGGGCAGAAGCAGAGCGGCACCAUAGAGCAGCUCAGGCAGAUGUUGGCCGAGCGAGAGGCUCAAGUGAGGGAGCUGGAGGAGACGGUCGGGCAGCUCAUGUUGCAGCAUCGUCUUCAUCAGCCAGAGGAAGGCAGCUCAGAUUCCGCUUCUACGCUGUCUGCAGAGUCUUUGGAAGAGGAGAUUUUUACUGCAGCAUCCAGAAAGGGGGAUUGCAUUGGAAGGAACACCUCUGCACAGAUCGUGUCUCACAUGGGGCACACCCUGGUAGACUCCGCUGCAACUUCAUUUCCAGCCUCCAUCUCUCCGGGCAGGCCUGUUGGGCCUGACGACUUGGAUGCGAAACCCCUGAAGGUCCAGAUCGUGGAGUACAAAGCUCUCUGCCAUGCUGCUGAAGCAGAGCGGGACAGGCUAGUCGAAAUGGUUGGAGUCCUCCAGAAAAGGGUCGACGAAAGCAGCGCUAAGGUUUGGGAGACUGAGAAGAAGCUUCAAGAGCAGCAGCGCAAGGGCAUCGCUCUGGAGCAGCAGUUGGAAAGACUGAGAACGGAGUCCGCGAAGAACAACAGCACACCAAAGCCCCCCUCCAAGGGCAAAGCAGGUCAGUCCCUCGGUAGCACCAAGUUCAGCUUGAAUGUGGACGACAAGAAAGAUCCUCCAUCGGCUCAACUCUUGGAAGUACCUCUGGAGUCCCAAAUAGAAGCCUUGUCCACUCGGCUGGCAGUCCAAAUGGACGAGAACGCAGACUUGAAGCUCGCCUUGGAGAACAUGGUGAAGAGAAAAGAGGAAGACUUCCGGAUGUACCAGGAGACGAUGGCCCGGGUGAAGGAGAUCUUUCUGCAGGCUCUGAGGCAGCAGAAGCAGAACCAGAGCUGAGCAAGCUCCAUCCAAAGUGCCCUGCUGAGGAAGGAGGAAUUGUCAAGGAAUUCCAGCCCUCGUUUGGGACACCAGCGUCUCAUAUCACCAGACCCCUGUCCUUUCCGCAGUUAUCUCUAUUUAAACAUUAUCAGGCGAGGAGUGAGAAACAGAGCUGAUCUCGAUUCUGUGGAGUAUGCGGAUGCUGCAACAAAUGCCUGCCGUUCGAGAGAAGCAGACAGGUCAACUCUCAUGCGUAAGGACGCGCCCAGCCUGCACCCCGAAUGCAGGUUUAAAGUCUGUAAGGGCAGCCCUUGAGGUUUGUCCGGAUACCAUCUCCUGGACCAGUUUAGUAGCUACAGUGCUGCUUUCUUUUGAAAUCUGUAAAUACAGACAUUUUCCGUCA